GAUACGUAUAAUAUCGGAAAGAAGUCCUCUGCGAAUACUAAGGCAAAGAAUAUACAAAUUACAAUCGAAGAAACUAUUGAAUUAGUAGCUCAGAACCCUCAGAAGUAUAGAAAACUCAAUGAUUCGGAUAGUAGUGAAAUACCCCUUAAUAGAGACAUUCUUAAGGUUCUAUAUAUCAAGUUUAUAGUAGCUUGUAAUAUACUAUUACACUUAGUAAAGUACCCGGAAUUCAGAGCCCUGCUUUUAUACCUUAAUUCUAAUAUUAAUUAA